AUGCGCAUUUUAUGUCUCCACGGCCACACGCAGACGGGGCCCGUCUUCGAAAGAAAGACGCACCGGCUGCAGCAGCACAUCCAGAGAGCGUUCCCAAACGCCUCCUUCUACUUCCCAACGGGAGAAAUAUCAUACAAAGUGUCCGACAGACUGGACUACCUCCAAGAGAUCCAAAGAGAAAGGUCAGACACCUUCAAAGACCCAGACGAAAUCGACACCCAUGCCUGGUUCAGACUACACGAGGAUGACCCACCAACAGGCCUGCUCGACAGCAUCAACAGAGUAGCCGAGAUGCUGCGUACAGAAGGCCCCUUUGACGGCCUCAUCUGCUUCUCCCAGGGCUCUGUCGUCGGGGGCAUGGUUGCAUCUCUCCUCGAGGGCCCCCGGCGACGCCAAAGAUUCGAAGAAUACGCCGCCACAUUCCCUAAUGCCGUGCGGUAUCCAGAGCCCUACAAAGACCUCGACCACCCACCCUUCAAAUUCGGCAUCACAUACGGUGCCUACAUGGGCGUCAGCCCCGUCUUCUCAGCCUUCUACGAAAACCCCAUCAUCGAGACACCUUUCCUGCACUUCAUGGGCGAAUUCGACCCCGUGGUGCCAUCUGAGAUGGCCGCCGCGGUAGACAAAGCACAAAUUGGAGGACCUCGACGGCAGAAGAUUAUGCACCCAGGGGCUCACGCAAUCCCCAUAGGUGCUGAAUACCACGAGGCCGUGGUUGACUUUAUCCGGUCUGUUGGUGAUGGCUCCUACUUCAGCCUUCCCACCAGCCUGCCAGCUGAUGGCGUUCCAUCACUGGACUACCACGACUCGGCAGAGCAGACUCCCAUCCAGACGCCCUUGUUGACGCCAUCACUGGCUACGGCGGUCGAUUCAACCCCACUGCCAUCCACUGAGGCACCGCUCCUGGCAUCUGAAAAGCUAGACCGAUGGCGGAAAUCGCGAAGCCCUCGCAGACCCAUCUCACGCCGUGGCCGUUCCCUAUUCUCCGGUCGAAGUUCUACCAGCUCCAGCGCUGUAUCUAGAGCUGAAUCACAACAUUCAGAUGUUACGCAAAUACGAGCACCGUCUGAAUUUGGCUCGGUCGCGUCUUCAACUGACAAAGAGCCCAGCGGUGUUGUUACAGUGGUGGAGGAGGAUAUGAUGGAGCCGGGAUACGACACGGAGGACUGGCAGGAGCUGAUGCUGUCAGACUUGCUGAAUAUGAUGCUCAGGCGGCAGGGCCGGCCUGGGAAAUUCUACUUUGUGCCUGAUGGGGGGGAUGGGAGUAUGGUAAAUGGGAUGAGCUUAGAGUAG